AUGUUUCUAGAAAUUGCAGUCAGGCCCCCGAAUACAGACAUGAUUAAGGAGGAUAGGAUCAACAUGUUUUUGCGGCCCAUUUUCGAGUCCGCGAGAGUGGAAAGCACGAGCCCGCCAACAAGGCAGCCCAACAAGAAGGACGACGAAGGCAGGCCUCUCGUGAAGGGGCUAGCGCAUAGGAGGGACCACUCGGAUACAGUGGACGCGUGCACGGCAGAUUCCAGCUUGCACAACAAGUCAAGAUUAGUCGUGUUUUCGCAUGGAAAGCUAGUAUUGUUGUGGUUCGUGCAGCUCCAUUUAGGCUUCUUAUCGGUAAAAACAGCGAUGAAAGUUUGUUGCGCGUCGAAAAACCAUGCAAACGAGACUAAGGUGGAUUGGAAAAACUGUUUCCACCCAAAACUACCCAAGUAUUGCUCGAUUGGGUCGUCUAGAGAACGGAGCUGGUGGUGCACCAACUCCUGCGGCGGUGGAUUUCGUUCUCCCGGCAUUACCUAA